AUGCCUUCCAAGUACCUCUCGAAACUGCAAGGUCAAUCUGUCGUGGUUGUUGGCGGCUCGACGGGAAUAGGGUACGGGAUCGCCGAGGGCUGUCUAGAGUUCGGAGCCAAGGUCGUCAUCGCCUCGCGCUCCGCCGACAAAGUGGCCUCAGCCGUGAAGAGCCUCAAGGCCUCGUACCCGGAGCACGCGGCCAAUGUCCGCGGACAGACGGUGAACCUGAACACGGCCGAGACGGACGUCGAGAAAGAGCUCGUCGCCCUCUUCGACUUCGCCACAGACAAUGGCACCACGAAGGUCGACCAUGUGGUGGAAACCGCGGGCGAUCUCUCGCUGGCAGGAAAACUGGGCCUCGACACCGUCACCCUCGAAUUGUUGCGGCAGGCAGGUGCUGUGCGUUCGCUCGGCGUCAUCCUGCUCGCCAAGGUCGCCACCAAGUACUUAAACAAGGCCUCGACGAGCUCCUUCACCAUGACCAGCGGCGCCCUCUUGUACAAGCCGCGCGCGGGGCUCGGCGCAUUCCUGGGCGCGGGUGGGAACAAAGAAGCCCUCACGCGCGGAUUGGCGUUGGACAUCGCGCCCGUCCGCGUCAAUCUCGUGAGUCCUGGCGCGAUCGAGACCGAUCUGUUGUAUUCCAGCCUCCCCGCCGGCACGAACAGGGAUGCCGUCAGGGAGUUGUACAGCAAGAACAGUCUGCUGGGGAAGGUCGGCAGUGUCGAGGAUGUGGUCGAGAGGUAUUUGAGCAUCAUGAAGAACACCUUCCAGACCGGAACGGUGGUGCAGUCAGAAGGCGGGUACCUUCUCCGCUAG